AUCGAUAAGGUAACAAUCGAUGCGCACCCUAUUGAACAAUCCAUCGUCAUCAAAUAUCAAGUGGAAAACAGAAGAACCCGUCAUGCUACAGCCUGUCAAAAAUUGAUCAACCUCAGGGAUCUCAAUGAAGAUGUUGACAUACAUUUGCUGGCUGAUGUCGUUAUGGAGAAAUGCGCUCUUAUACCGGAAGGAAUGCGCCAAGAACUUGAACAAAUUUUGUUUUACCUGCAGAAUAGAAACAAACGUGCAAGUAAGAGUGGUUCUGUUAUGGUUUAUUACAUCUUUUUUGUUUCUUCUAGAGAUUUUGGCUUCCACUUUGCUAACCUUGGUUUAGCUCUCAUAACUGGUUGUUUCCAGAGUUAUAUCGAGCUGUUCUAUGAAGAUACUGCGGAAAAGAAUCGUGGUGCUCUAAAUAUUUUAGAACUCACUAAAACUACUGCAAACUUGGAAGUGCUCAUUGAGAAUGAAACACUAAUUGGAGCUUUGGCACGUGUGUUUCGCGAGGAUUGGAAGAAGAAUUUCGAAUUAGCGACUACGAUAAUACGCAUAUUUGUACAGUUCUCCUACUACAACCAAUUCCAAGCAACUUUGUCUCAUCACAAGAUUGGAGCACUGUGCAUGAAUGCUAUGGAAUACGAAAUAAAACGGGGCGAACUAUGGGCUGCUGAAGCGAAAAAUGAAGAUGAGAAAACUGCUCGAAAGUGCCGUCUUGCCAUACGUAAACAACAAGCGCUCUUGGCUGCCUGCAUCACCUUGCUGACAAAUCUUGCUCAUGACAUCAAUGUCGAGCUCAAGAUGGUCCGUCGAGAUAUUGUGCCAAUGCUGCUACGUUGUUUGAGCAUGCGAGAUUCAGCUGAACUCACGUUGGCUACAGUUCAGUUUCUGCUGAAACUGAGUAUUUUUGAAGAGAAUAAGACAACCAUGGAGCAAGGAAAUAUUAUUGGAAAGCUUUUACAACUAUUUCCAAUAGAUGACAUCGAAUUACGCAAGGCCGUCAUUCGGCUACUCUUCAACCUGUCAUUUGAUGCGAAAUCUCGUCGAAGAAUGGUUUCUGAAGGUUUACUCGCGCAUGUCGCUCCUCUCAUCGAAAGCGAUGCAAAAGCUUUGAAUCUUUUAUAUCAGUUAAGCGUGGCAUUGUCUCAUUGCUAUUUUUUUGAUCGAACGCCCAACUUGUAUGUGGCCACAACGGGCAGGGGUAUAUACUGUUUCUUAAUCUUUCUAUGUUGCUCAAAACUGUCUCUUUUGUUGGAUGCUGCAAUUGAUGGACGGGAUUUGAUGGUAGCAAAAAUCGUUCGAAGCAUCGCUGGUCAUGAGGGGCCAACGCAGGAUAUGUUUGUAGUGCGUUCUAGAAUAAACGAUAAAUCUUUGGGUCUGGAAUUUAUAGGAACUGCCGCUCUGAUAAAAGUGGCAGAUUGGAGCAGGUUCAUAACGGUUCAUCAUAAGUUCAAAUUAGUUGUAAUGUGUGGUACGAUGGCUCGGCAAGUCGACGCAGCACGAACAUUAGUGCCACUUCUCGAAGUUUUUCUUCAGCUGCUCCACACAAUGCAAGAAGAUGACGAAUUUGUUGUCCAACUUCUUUAUCUUUUCCUGCAACUGCUUCGCCAUCGCGAGCUGGCCAACCGUCUUAUGGGUCCAGAUUCCGCUCUUGGUGCCUAUGUUAUAGAUCUUAUGCACGACAAAAAUCCUGCCAUUCGUGAAAUGUGUGACAAUGCUCUGGUGAUAAUAGGAGAGCACUCUCAAGAGUGGGCUCGCCGAAUUGCUGGAGAGCGAUUUCGUUGGCAUAACGCUCAGUGGCUUGAUACUGUCGAAGGUGGUGCUGUCAUGGACGAUGACUAUGUGCCGGGCAUGUUGUUCGAAGAUCAGUUCGAUGAUGGUUUUGAUCUGUCCAAUGAUGAACCGCUUUAUUAG